AUGACCACAGAAAAUAAAAAAGCAACGACCCGUUACGCAAAACCAGCGUUAUGGGGACUGAAGGAAUUAUUGUACACGGCAAUCCGCUUGGCAAGAGCGAGAUUCGCAUCUCAACACCACCGUCGUGCAGCUCGCAAGGUUAUCAUCAUCGCCGGAAGUAAUUACAGAGAGACAGUGUAUGAAGAUCCAUCGAACGUUGCCAAACAAUUCCGUUCCGAAGGAGGAAUAAUUAUAACAAUUGAGUAUCUACAAGGAAAGGAAAAGAGUAUACCGAUUUACAAGAAGUUGGCUUCGCCAAAUUAUAGACUGAUUACCUACGUAGACCGUAAACAAUUAAGAGCACAAGAGUUACGCCAACUUCUUUGCAAAGCGAAUUGCUUCUGCAAAAGGAGAUGGGUACCGUACACCAUUGACCAAUGGGACGCACCUGAGGGAGGAUGCUACCUUCCCGUGAAGAUUUCCUCAACUCAGAGAUUAGCCACUAGGACGUGUAAACGAAAGAAUGGCGGUAUACUGGCUGUCGAUGAGGACAAGGAGAAGGACGCCUUUUUGACAAAGUGUAAGCAUUCCCUAUUUCUCACACUUUGCAUUAGUUGCCUGGUUGGCGAUUUCACAAAGUGGGCGAAAGGACGUCAAACCACAGAAAAUGGUGAUUGCGUCUACAUGCGCAGGAACGGCGAUCAUGAGACUGAAUGGUUCUCUGAUGAAUGCGACAACGACCACUUCCACAUAUGCCAAACGAAACCAUGUGACUCGACAAAAUACUGCCCGUUUCAGUUGAGCAACGACGAGCGUGAAAUCUAA